UAAUAUUAUUAUGCGCCAUGUUCAGAAUAUCAGUAACGGCAAUAAUGACGCAUGCGCAUCAAUUCAUAAUGCUAGUUGCAUCUUUAACAAAAAAGUGAAAAGUACAUCUUAUUCCAUCGGAUUUAUAGAUAGAUCAUCGAUCUUCAAGUGUUAACGAAACUAAUUAAAAUCUAUCUAUGAAAAAAAUAAUUUUAAAAAUAUUCUCAUUUUAAAUAUAUACACUGAUUGAAGUGUUUUUAAGUGUUUUUAAUGGAAUGAAACAAAAAAUUGAGUUAAAUGAUAGUUCAAAAUGAAGUUUAUAUAACGUAUUUUUUCUGAAUAAAUAUUCUUUAAAAUAUUCUCUAAAAUAUUCUCAAAAUUUUUUUAUUUAUAUAUAUAUUCGAUAAAGUAUCGAAAAUAAAGAAUUUCGAUGGAGAACUUCGAACUCAAUACAUCAAGAAUUUUUUCGAUAUAUAUAAAUAUAUGUAACCCUUUUAUGUUGUGACAAUGAAAAUUUUACCUGGAAUAAUGUAAUUAACAUAAACAGACAUGCUUUUAAUGAGACUACGUCUUUAUUACACAUCGUUUAUAGAAUAAUAAUCCCUGCAAUUAUAAUUAGCGGCAUUUUUGGUAAUAUUUUAAUAUUUCUGGUGUUAUCCACUCCGAUGUUUCGAGGAAUUGCAUACUUAUAUCUUCGAGGAUUAACAUCAGCACACAUCGGUGUUCUUUUAUGUUGGAUACCUAUAUUUAUUAGAUUAGGAUUCGGAAUGAAAAAUAAUUAUCCAUCCGUUUUUUAUCAUGCUCAUUUGGAACUGGUUGCUGUAAACACCUUUGCUAUAGCUAGCAUUUUAAUUAUGACCAGCGUAAUCGUCGAUCGAUAUAUCUUUAUUUUUUUCCCGACUCGUAUUCGUAGCAGGAAUACACGCAAGAAUAUUCGUUCCUUCAUUCUAUGUUCUUUCAUUCUUGGAUUUGCGGUAAGCGCUCCCUUAACAGGAAUGAGAACAGUAUAUGAACAACAAGAAGAUACUGGGACAAUUUUUACAUUACGUGAAAAUAUAUCCAUUACACAAAGUAUUUUGUGGAAUGUAUAUAUUUGGAUGAUGGAAAUUAUAUUACGACUUUGUCCAACUAUAAUUCUUCUUUUGCUAAAUAGUUUUGUUAUCAAGAGAUUUUUACAACUUAAUGCUAAAAAAAGAGAAUUUCAAUCAGUUUCUGAAAAAUUUCGCAAUCCAAAUAUUCCUGAAACAUCUUUAUUAACUCGCAAUCGAGGAUACAGAGAAGAACAGCAUUUAGCAAUAUUAAUGGCGAUAAUGGCAAUAUGUUUUAUAAUAACAAUGAUUCCUUCAAUAUUGCUUGAAUUUUUAUAUCAUGAUUACGAAAAUAUGAAUGAUGAUUGCCUUUUAUUUCGAGCAUUUGCUGCUGUUACAGAACUUUGUAACUUUGCUGCCCAUAUUAUCAUAUAUUUUUCAUGUAGUAAAGAAUUUCGAAAAGAAUUUCUCAAAAUUCUUCAGAAUAGAUGCAGAAAAAAUGUUAUAGAAGAAGAUUCUGAUCGACCAAUAGGGGAAAUUGAAGAUUAUAGUCGGCAUGGUACAACAGUUCGAUUAACACCUGAACAAACAAAAUUAAAUUCUCCAGCUUCUAUGAGUAAAUUGAAUCCAAUGGAAGAAGAUAAAGAAUCCGAAAUAUUAAAUGCCGCUGAUGUCUAAGAAUUAUAUUAUAUAUAUUUUAUAUAGAUAUUACAUAAUAUUCAUUUAUUUAAAUUAUAAAAUAUAUUAUAAUGAAAAAUAUAUGAUAAACAUAUAAUGAAAUAUUAUUUUAUUUUGUCAUGUGGAAAUUAUUACAUAAUAAAAAUUAUAUUUCGUGAAAA